UAAUAAUAAUAGAGGGAAAAAAAAAAAAAAGUCAAAAUGCCUGCUGGGUUUUUGCAUCGGAAAAAGGGAAGUCCUCCAUAGAAGAGGUCAGUGGUGGCGCUUAAGAAGCCCAUAUUCCGUUGCAUAAAAGGUUCAAAAACUCAAUCUUUGUCUCACAAAUACCUAUCUCCCUCUUUCCUUCUAAACGUGUGCCGAUCAUUUUCUUGGAAACUGGGUGGAAUUAUUAGGAUGCUAUUUUAUCGGGCCUUUUCUCGUAUUCCAAGAAGCAGCUUCAUUGGGAUGCGCCGACUGAUCCUUUGAAACCGACUGCAGUACUGCGCCUAUCAUUUCAUUCACACUAGCAAUCCCAGUAUUCUUCCCCACUCCAUCCACAAGAUGAAACCCGGAAGUGGGUUAUGGUUCUUGGUGUUGGUCUCUCUUUGCUUCACGGUCAAAUCCCAAUGCAGCAAAGGUUGCGGCCUGGCUUUAGCUUCGUACUACGUUUGGCCGGAAUCAAAUUUCUCAUUCAUCGGCCAAGUCUUAGGCACAGACCCCGAUACCAUAGUCAGCUUCAACAAAGAUAAGGUAUCGGACAAAGACCGCGUCCCAUCGUUUAUCAGAGUUAACGUUCCAUUCUCAUGUGAUUGUAUCAGAGGAGAAUUUCUGGGCCACGAAUUCCUCUACAACAUCAGCUCAGGCAAUACGUACGAACUGAUUGCAAAGACCUACUACGCCAAUCUGACUACAAUCGAUGCGUUGACACAGUUCAACAGCUAUAACCCCAACAACAUACCUGAUAAUGGCCAAAUCAAUGUGACUGUGAAUUGUUCGUGUGGGGAUAGCGCUAUCUCCAAGGAAUACGGGUUGUUCAUCACGUACCCAAUUCGAGAAGAGGACAGUUUGGAAUCGAUUGCGGCCAAUGAGAGUAUUGACCCCCAGUUGCUACAGAGAUAUAACGAGGGUGUGGAUUUUGGCAAAGGGAGCGGCAUUGCUUAUGUUCCCGGCAAAGAUGCAAAUGGUAGCUAUCGGCCACUAAAUGCAAGCUCAGCAUUGGCAGGGGGAGUUAUUGCUGGCAUAACUGUGGCAGCUAUUGCUGCAGUGCUAAUAUUAGCAGGUAGUAUAUAUGUCUAUUUUUACCGAAAGAAGAAGGCAGACACAAAAUUACUUCCCGCAUACGAAGAUCAGUCUUCUAAUGAUGCCCAGGAUGUUGGAAGCACUGCACAUAAAGCUGUGGAAUCAACUGGUUCGGGUGGUGCUGCUGCAGGUAUUACUGGCAUAACCAUUGACAAAUCAGUGGAGUUCUCAUACGAAGAACUUGCACAGGCCACUAACGACUUCAGUUUGGCUAGUAAAAUUGGUGAAGGUGGUUUUGGGGCAGUCUACUAUGCAGAGCUAAGAGGCGAGAAAGCUGCAAUCAAGAAGAUGGAUAUGCAAGCAUCAAAGGAAUUUUUGGCUGAACUAAGAGUUCUAACACGUGUGCAUCACUUGAACCUGGUGCGCUUGAUUGGAUAUUGUGUUGAAGGUUCUCUCUUCCUAGUAUAUGAAUACAUUGAGAAUGGCAACUUAAGUGAACAUUUGCGGGGUUCAGGAAGAGAGCCUUUGUCAUGGUCUAGUAGGGUGCAGAUUGCCUUGGAUUCAGCAAGAGGUCUUGAAUACAUUCAUGAGCAUACUGUUCCUGUUUAUAUCCAUCGUGAUAUCAAAUCAGCUAAUAUAUUGAUAGACAAGAACUUCCAUGGAAAGGUUGCAGAUUUUGGACUAACGAAACUGACUGAAGUUGGAAGUACUUCACUCCAAACCCGUCUUGUGGGAACUUUUGGAUACAUGCCGCCUGAAUAUGCUCAAUAUGGCGAUGUGUCUCCCAAAGUGGAUGUAUAUGCUUUUGGAGUUGUCCUUUAUGAACUUAUUUCGUCAAAGGAAGCUGUGGUGAAGGGUGGUUCCCUUGCUGAGUCAAAGGGCCUUGUUGCUUUAUUUGAGGAUGUCCUCAAUCAACCUGACCCUAGGGAAGAUCUCUGCAAACUAGUUGACCCAAGGCUCGGAGACAAUUACCCUAUUGAUGCUGUUCGUAAGAUGGCCCAACUUGCCAAGGCUUGCACACACGAGAAUCCACAACUACGUCCAAGUAUGAGAUCUAUCGUUGUUGCCCUAAUGACAUUGUCAUCUUCAACCGAAGAUUGGGAUGUCGGCUCCUUCUACGAAAACCAAGCUCUUGUCGAUCUAAUGUCAGGAAGGUAGAAUCUUGCUCUUGAGGUAGUUUUUGGUUGUGGAAAGCUCGAAAGUCGGAAUAUUUUUAGACAUUGUAUGUAGAUGUGCUUGCAUAGGUUCCAAAUUGUUGAAGUUUAUGUAAAUUUUAUGUAAUAUUUCAUGAAUGCAUGAAUAAGAAGAUGAAUGUGUACAUUAUGUUAAAUCAUGCCUGAGUCUUUAGACGAGUAGGGUUGGAUUUUAUGUUCUAGUCUUGUCAGGCAAUGAUAUCAAACAGUGUACAGUUUCAAAGCAGAAUAUUCUUCUGAAGCCAUUUUGUUUGA